CUACUUAAAAAUUCCAAGUGGUAUACCCUUGUAAAUAUCAUCAAAUUCAAAGGGUAAACUUGUAAUCAUUUCCCUAUAUAUCAACAACCCCUUUCCUUUUCCUUCACUUAACCAUUUCAUACUACACCACAAUAAAAAAACUUGAUCAUUUUCUCUGAAAAAAAACCUUCUAACACAAAAACAAGGCCAAGAAGAAGAAUAGCAAGAAAACGUCAUGUCUAUGAUAACAGACGAAAUUCGGGCCAAGGCGACGGAGCUAUACCACGGAAACGACGUCUGCCUGGCUCAAUCCAAGAGACUUCUAAGAGAAGUGGGCCUGCCCAAUGGGCUUCUCCCACUACAAGAUGUAGAGGAAUGUGGGUAUAUUGAAGAAACAGGCUUUGUUUGGCUAAAACACAAGAAAGAAAUCAAGCACAAAUUUGAGAAGAUUGGGAAGUUAGUAAGUUAUGCUUCUGAAGUUACUGCUUAUGUUGAGCCUUGUAAGAUUAAGAAACUUACUGGAGUUAAGGCCAAGGAGUUGUUUCUUUGGGUGACUAUCUCUGAGAUCACAGUCGACAGCCCCGAAAGCGAAAAGAUCGUGUUCAGGAACCCUACAGGUAUCUCCAAGGUGUUCCCGACUGAUGCUUUCGUUGUCGAUGAGAAGGAGGAGGCUACCAAGGUGUUGAGGAAGGAUGCCGAAGAUGAGAAAGAGGCGGCAAAAGUUGCUGAUUUUACUACAGCUGCGACUGCAACUGCAGGCGGAAAGGUGGCAAAUGGGGUGGAUGUGAAAGUGGCUAAUGUUGUGAAGGAGGUGUAGGAAAGGAAACUAGCUAGGAAAGUAUUGUCUAAAACAUAAGGAUUUCAGUGCUUUAACAAUGUUAUCUUUGCGUUUUUUGUUUAGAGAGUUGAGAAUUCUAUGCUAAAGAAUUAAAGAUGUCUUUUAAAAUAGGUAUAUUAUGGACUGAUGUACUAAAAGGGCUGUAUGUUGCUCACUCUUUUCAUUUGUCAAAUUAAAUCUAUGUUAUCUAUUGGAAUAUAAUCUCUCACUUUAGAAUCA